AUCAAACUUCACCCGCGCCGCGCCGUGUCGAGGUGAUAAUAGCUGUAGCAGUGGUUACGAUUUCCUAGCUGAUAACGAGUUGAUUUUGAUAAGCUCAUUUAACUUGAUAACGUCACUUGCUAAACGCGGUACGGCGCGUGUGCGUAGACCAGUGUGCAGUCUGCCAGUCUCGCUAGUCGUUGCGAAUUCGUCGCAAGUUUUGUUUGCGGAACCCUCUGCUAUUUAAUUCCGUUUACUAUUUACCUUUAUAAAAAUAAAUAAUGGCAGAAAAAAUACUGAAGAACAGAGUUUGCAUUAUCGGCUCUGGUAACUGGGGAUCUGCAAUUGCGAAGAUUGUGGGUCGCAAUGCUGCAAGACUGCCGAAUUUCGAGGACAGAGUAACUAUGUGGGUGUAUGAAGAGAUGAUUGAAGGGAAGAAAUUGACAGAGAUCAUCAAUGAGACCCAUGAAAAUGUAAAAUAUUUGCCUGGACAUAAACUUCCUCCUAAUGUGGUUGCCAUUCCAGAUGUGGUCGAUGCAGCAAAGGAUGCCGACCUUCUUAUUUUCGUAGUACCCCACCAGUUUGUCAGAACUAUCUGCUCUACGCUCCUAGGAAAGAUAAAGCCGACCGCGGCUGCACUUUCCUUGAUAAAGGGCUUUGAUAUCGCGGAAGGCGGUGGCAUUGACCUCAUUUCUCACAUUAUUACAAGGUGCCUCAAAAUCCCAUGUGCCGUGUUGAUGGGAGCUAACAUUGCGUCUGAGGUGGCUGAAGAGAAAUUCUGCGAGACCACGAUCGGAUGCCGAGACGUGAUGCUUGCACCUAUGAUGCGUGACAUCAUCCAAACUGAAUACUUCAGAGUAGUCGUGGUUGACGACGAAGAUGCCGUGGAAAUUUGUGGAGCACUGAAGAACAUUGUCGCCGUGGGAGCAGGUUUCGUGGACGGCCUUGGCUUCGGUGACAACACUAAAGCUGCUGUGAUCCGUCUAGGUCUUAUGGAAAUGAUCAAAUUCGUCGAUGUAUUCUACCCUGGCAGCAAGCUUAGCACUUUCUUCGAAUCCUGCGGCGUCGCUGAUCUCAUUACGACUUGUUAUGGUGGUAGGAACAGGAGGGUAGCGGAGGCCUUUGUAAAGACUGGCAGGUCUAUUAAAGAGCUAGAAGACGAGAUGCUGAAUGGCCAGAAACUUCAAGGACCAAUCACCGCGGAAGAAGUCAACCACAUGCUUGCCAACAAAAACAUGGAGAACAAGUUCCCUCUAUUCACCGCCGUGUUCCGCAUCUGCCGAGGCGAGCUGAAGCCCAGCGACUUCAUUAACUGCAUCCGCAGCCAUCCAGAACACAUGAAACAGCCGACGCCCAAAUGUUCUCUGUGACCAAAGUGAGGCGCCUUCAGAAUCAGUCAUCAACAUGAAACUGUCGCAUUUGUCGUCCGGCACGCAGCAUAAUUAUCACAUAACACAUACACCCACACACGUUAAUAUUUUUCCAAUUAGAAAUUUAAACGCUCUACGCCUUUAUAUUUUAACAACGUAAUAGUGAUGCGACGUUAUCAAAUCUAAUAAAUACAAAAAUGAAAGAUGGUACUAACUUAACCAUUUACCCAAAUGAAUAUCAAGUAAUUAGUAUUUGGAAUAACAAAAUACAAAUUCGUUCAGUAAUAUUUGGCCUUGUUCGUUUAUCUUAUCAAUACAUUCGAGCGUGAUGUAACUAAUUGGAAAAAGAUACAUAAUAAAUAUCAUUAUUGCAUGAGUGUCCACCAUAUUUUUGUGAAAUGUUGUGUUACACUUUUAAUUUUGUUAUGUAGCUGUCCGCUUUAUUAUAAUAUUGCAUAACGUAAAGUUAUGAUUUCCGUCUACAUGUAUAGCUCUAUAGCUAUGUUUGUUUAUAGGUGUACCUAAUCUAGAGAACGAAUGCGUGAAUUUUAAUGAAACGCUCGAUGUUAUAUAGCUAUAAAAUAUAAACUUAAAGAACUGCAUGCGGACUGGUAGUGUAAGUAAAUGAUUUAUCAAUUUGUUGAGUGAAUAAAUAAUUCUAUCAGAGAAAGCUUUUAAUAUUAUCAAUAAAUGUCACACUGAAAGUUUAAGUGUGUUUAUUCCAAUCGAGUGAUUUAAUCUAUUGAAAAAUAGAUAAUAUAAAUUGUAAUACUUGUAACGGUUAGUUAUCUUAAAAAGGUGGUAGUUUUGUGUGAACUUUUAUAUAGAUGGGUUAGGGUCUUAUAAUUCUAAGUCGGUUCGUGUCUAACCAGUGAAGAAAGCCAUUAUUCGUCUAGUCUGUAUUUUUUUUAUAUUAUUUUUGCAACUGAUAAACUAGCUUAUGAGUUGUAGUUCUUUCUGUAAUUUUUAUAAGGUAUUCUAAGUGCAACUAAAAUAUGAGAUGUGUACCUAUUGUAUGUACCACCCUGGAUUAUAUAUCCAUGGGAAUCAUAAUAACUGAAGUUCAUAUUAAAAUUAAACCAUAUACACUGUUUCGACAUGUCAUUCAUAAAGUAGGUUGUACAUUUGACUACACAUUAGUGGUAGCACUGAAACAGAUAGCGUCUUUAUUUAGUAAGCAAUAAGGACGAGUAUCCUAUUGAUAGUGUUAUUGCCGUGUGGUCAACUGUAUCCUUGAUUCAUUUGGGAAUGUUUAGAAAAACAGAAGCCUUUAUUAUCGAAUCGAACCAAAUUCACUGCUUCCAGCGUACAUCACAUUUAUUUUUUCCAGGAUACGGAUAGUUAGAAAGGCACAAAAGUCACAUUGCUGUAUAACUUAAAAAAUACCAGAGGUAAGGUUAGAAGGCUUCUGUUUUUUAUGUUUACUGUACAUGUACAUAAAGCGUAAAUGAUUAAAACAUGUUAUAUCUAUGAAUAUAAAGCAUAUUUAA